GCUCAUCGUACAUCUAAACAGCUUUCAACUACCAUCCAUGCAUCACGCACUUGAAAUCUCGGAGGUGAUUCAACUGGUCCUGAGCCACGUAGAUAACCACUGGGCCUUAGAGAACCUGGCUCAAGUAUCCAAGGCGUUCCACGAGCCCGCAAUCAAUGCGCUGUACUCUGAGCUAGACUUUUGGUUCGAGAUUCUCAGGUGUCUUCCUCAAGACCUGAGAAAAUUCAAGCAAGAGGAGAGGCCUGAAGGUGCAUUUUGCGGAAACUGGCAACCUCCGUGGACUAUAGUACGUCGCUCACUUCUCGAGCGAAACCCUCUUCAUUACUAUCUCACUGGGGCACAGUCAUUUCGUCGGAAGAUGACAGAGGAGGAAUGGGCCCUGCUCCGAAGUCGUGCUGCGAACGUCCAUAGCAUUGGGGUUCGUGAUACUGGUCGUGAUGAAGUAGAUCCCAAGGAGUGGCACAUGUAUAGCCAUCAAAGCCCAUUCGCUGCCGCUGCGAUGACUUAUCAGCUUGAUCAGUCCGUGAUUGACGCGUUCAUGACGGCUCCUCAGUGCCUACUGUUUCCUAGCCUGCGGGUACUCACGCUAGGACACGGAUGCCCACCUGCAAUACUGCCCAUGUUUCUUCCUCCAUGCCUUCGCCGGCUUCGUUUAUCCAUCAAUGCAAUCUCGGAUAUUGCUCGCCUUCCUUUAUCCAUCACAGAACUCUGUCCAGCCGUCGACUCGUUCUCAUGCCAUGGUCAUCCUCUCCGCAACCUAGAUGUCUCAUGCCGCUUCAUUAGCGGCUGGAAGCAUCUCCGCUCCAUAACGGGUGUAGUUCCUUUGGAUACCCACAUGUGGAAACACCUCACCUCUCUGGAGAGUCUGAAAACACUAGAGGUCCACACGUUCACACCAUAUUCGCGCCCUUGGUUUGGUACUAACAUCAGCUGUCUCCGAGAAAUUGACAACCUCAGCCUUACAAGCGGUAACUUUAAAGGUGCCGCCGACUCUCUCGAGGGCCUACUCUGCUCUGACGGCCGCUCAACUAAAGCCUCAGUCCGGCAGCUAACAAUCAAUACCACCCCAUCUUUCGAGUUUCCAGAGACUUCUCUACUAGAUCUGACAAAGACCUUGACAGAGAUCAUCUCUACAAAAGCCGUGAGGGAGCUGCAGGCCUGUGGGCGCGGUUAUAUGUACUCCCGCGACGAUUCCCACUCACUCACCUUUUACAACGCGCUCCUUCCCUUGACGACCUUCGCCAA